AUGGCGGUUGAAAGAGUCUGUUGAGUUCUACUCGAUUUUAACCAAGUUUUUGACGUUUUGAGAGCAGAUAUGCACGAUAGAACGAUGCUAGAUAAAAAUAUGAGACUUUAUGCUUCCAUUCUAACGGGGAAUGACUCUAUUUCCGGUUGAAAUCGACGUAUGAUGAUGUGACGUUGGACACGAUGUUGUAGCGAUCGAUUGCUCUUUUGAACAUCAUGGAAGGAGCUUAUCAGCAGAAAGCCAUGGAAGAUCUGAUAGAGGAAAAUCGAGCUCUUCUAGAAGAACUUUCUCAAUGUAAAGCUGAUAAGGAUUUUGUGUGGAAUUUAUGGCGGAGAUUGCAAUCAUCACAACCUGAUGUGACCUCUGUUGUGAGUAUGGUAAUAGCACGCGAACAAGAGAAGAGUGAACACAAAGACAAGAAAGUUUUAGAGAUUUUACAGAUGAAGGAUGAAAAGAUCAAAGAGUUCAAAGAGAGGCUAUUGUCAGCGGAGGAUGGAGCACACUACAGCAAGACGCGAUAUCACGACUUACUAAUCGAGAACGAAGAAUUAAAACAGAAGCUGGACGAGGAACAAAAGAAGUUUUCAACAAAACAAAGAGAACUAAGCGAAGAAAAUAGCUAUUUUUCCACUUUGUUGAAAGCUCAUCAGGCGCAGAAAGAAGUCGAUGAUCAAACCGUUAAAGAAAAUCUGGAUAGUAUUGAAGAGGAGAAGAAUCAGCUAAAAAUUAGGAUCGCUGUAUUAGAGAAGCAAGUGAGUGAUUUUAGCGAGGAAAAGUUGAAUAUGGCUUCGGUUAUCGAAGUUAAUGCAACUCUUGAGGAAAAGAUCAAGACAUUGGAUGGUGAAGUAAGUGCCCUGACCUUAAAAAACACCGAAGUUGCCAAGAAUUGUGAAGAAGCUGAGAUAGAAUUGACUAACAAGGAAAAUAUUUUACAACAGCAGUUACAGUCAUUGCAAGAACAAGGUGAAACAAUUAGAAAAUUAGAGAGCGACUUGGAAGCAGCGAAGAGGGAAUUUGAACUAGUCGGAGAAGAAUGCAAGCAGUCUAUGGUGCAAAUGUCGGAGAAGGAAAGGAUCAUACAGCAACUCGAGGAGAAUGAACAAAGGAGUCGGCAAGCUCUGAUGGAUCGCGAGCAAGAAUACCGCAGAGGACUCGCGUCCUUGCAAAAAUCUGUCGCUGAUUUGCAAAUCCGAUGCUCGGAGUAUCAAGAAAAAGAGACUAAACUGCUGCAGGAUAUUGAGAAAUUAAAGGAAAACUCAAGCAAACAGCGAGAGGAUCUUAACGUCAAGGAAUUGAUAAUUGAAGAAUUGAAGGAUGCCGUGCGAGAGGGAAUUCGUUCGGGAGACGUUUCAAGACGUGAUGAUGAACGAGAAAGCAAGGGAAGAACAAUGGAGAGGAAGGCGAGGACAGAGGCAAAGAUAGAGGAUGGAAGAAGUGGCAGACGCGGUGAAGGAAUUGAACUAGAAAGCUUGCAAGAGCGUGAUGGAAAAGAACUUACCAAUCGCUGCUACGAGACCAUUGAUGACUCCCCAUCUAAAAUCGUAGGAAAUGAAGAAUCGUUGGAAAGAAAGUUCGACAAAAUAGCAGUUCUUCGUGACCUGGAGACUCGGCUGGGCGAAAGUCGCGAUACAAUUGAUGAAUUGAAGAAACUUUUGGAGCUUAAAGACGCGGAACUUGUGGAGACGCGACGCGCACAUGCGCAGCGGCAACAACGCUAUAGGAUGCUCAAAGAGAAUUACCAACUUGUCUUGGAACAAAUUAAAACUUACGAGGCUUCAAAUGCUGACGAAACCGGAAGCGUGAAGCCACUUCCGGAAAGGCCGGAAGAACGUGAACUGAGGCACUUGGACAGUGAUCAAGUAUGGAAGGAAUUGGCUUACUACAGGCACGAAUAUGAAGAACUGGCUAAAGAAAGACAUGAUGUUUUAGAAGAGAUUGAUAUUCUUCGAGUGCAGCAUUCUCACAAUGUCGCAAACAUCCAAGAACUACAAGUUCACCUCCGUGAAGAAAGAGAAGAGAGCAACGUGCUUAGGCAUAAAAUUUCAGCAGAGACACAGGCGUUUGAAGCACAUCGACUUGAAGUGGAGAAACUCGAAGAUCAGUUACAGAGUUGGCAAGAAAAAGCUCUCCGAGGACAGACGAUGUGUAGUGAGCUGGAGGAGGGGAACCAAAUUCUGCGGCAUGAGAUGAAAGCCAUACAAGGCCAAAAUAAAUCUCUUGCGGAGGAGUUCAGUGGUUUAGCGGAAGAGUUUGAGAAUCUUAAAAAGCGCUAUGAUGAACUUGUCAAUAAAGAAGCGAAUAAGAAUGAAAGAGAAAUGUCUGGUGCAGUACCAGACGGAACGGCACGACCUGAUAAUAUCAGUGAAACCGCUCAAGAGGAUGCAGAAUUUGCCAAACAGCACGUUGAAUCUUUGAGUAGUUACGACGAGCAAGUCAAACGCAUUGCUAAUCGAAUUUUAUCAAGCCCUUCUAAGGAUGCCGGAGAAUCAGAAAGGAAAGUCUCCUCGACACAUGGAACGCAAACAGACCCUGUCCCUUGUUUUGUCGACACUAGCGUUCAUGUGAACUUAGAUGCAGAAGAUGCCCCAUCAAUGGACGAAGAGGACACGUAUAAUGUCAAGCCUAGUGCGGAAAAGAGAAGAGCUGUCACUACAGAGACUAGAGCUCGUCGGCAAGGUACUCCGCAGCCUAAAAAAGUCGUGAGGAAAACUCCCAGACGUAACGAAUGGGCGAGCAUGAGGCAGCGAAUCCUAAGUCUCACGCAAGAAGUAAAUGCGCUUCGACAGUCCAAGGACAAAGCAGUGAAAGCUCUGAGUGUUCAGACAAGUGACUAUGAAAGUUUACAAACGGAAUACAACGCAUUGCUAAACAAGUUACAUGUCGCCAGGAAUUCAGUGCAGCAUUUGAAUGAUAGCUUGAAGCUUUGCACGCGGGAGAAAGAGCGUUUGGCGGAGGAGCUGAAAGAGAGAAGUGAAAUUGAUUCCAAACCGAGUUCUUUGUCGAUAACAGAGUGGAAGCGUUUGGAAGAGGAGUUACGACAAGCAACGAUGGAAUGCAUUCGGUUAGCCAACAUUGUUAGAACAUUAAACAGCGAAAACGAACAGUUGAGAGCAAAGAUUAAAUACAUUCAAGAAAACAACAUAAGGCUUGAGCACGCAGUGACUCAGAAGAAAACUUUAGUGGACGAAAUGAAAUCUAAGAUGAAAGAAGUUGAAGGAAAAGCUAAAAAAGAUGCGGAGACAGCCAAGAAUAUGGAAGAAAAACUCUCGCAGUUAAAGGAAAGAGAGAAAGUAAGCAGAGUGAGAAUCGAGACACUUGAACAUCGUUUGGAUGGCGAGACUCGGGAGAAACAACACCACCAUCAGCAGCUGUUGAGUUGUCAGAGUGAACUCAAGAAAAAGAUGCAUCAACUGAACAGGUCCCAGACUCUGCGCAACCAAGCCAAAUUAGCUGUCAGUGAGAUGGAAGCGGCGGCCACAUUGCAGCUUCAGGGGUUAGCCAAUCAGAGUGAAGCCACGAUAGCCUCGCUUCAACGAAAGCUCGACAAGGCACAGGAGCGAAUAGAUGAGUUUCAAGCGUUCGUUAGAACACUUGUGGAAGAAACCCUUUCGCGAACACGCAUAAUGCGACGGAAACUAGAAGCACUGCACGAGAAGCAAUGGCGCGAAACUUCAAAGGCGGCUGUGAAAGAAGCUCAAAGUAAGGCGUGUUCGAUUCUGAACUUAUCAUCUGCAGAUCUCGACGACAUUAUGGACGAAAGUGCCAGUCAAAGAGAAGAGGCGAGGCUAAGGAUCGAACAGGAGAAAGCCUGGCUGGCGGAGGUGGAAUCUGCGCUAAAGCGACAAGGAACGUUUGGUGUUCCACUCUUAGAAGUAUUACUGGACUUAGUAGACGACAGAGUGGCAGUUGAAGCGAAAGUUAUGGGGUCGUAGAUCCAAUAUCUAAAUGGAAGGCCCAAGGGCGGUUUUAGAAUCUGUGUCAGAAUAGUCAGCGCCUUCAGAGAAAUUUUCAGCUGAGCGCCGAAAGAAAUCUGAGAUCGCUUUGGUUUUGCGUUUUGUUGUGAUUGGUUCAGAAAAGUCGCGCAGCGAGUAAACAAAGUAAAUAAUUUAAUAAAAAGUACUCAAAGACAAGAAUAGUAAACAUUAAGAUUUUUGUAACAUUAAGCAAUUUAUUGGAGGACUCCAAGUCUUUU